AUGCCGAUGUUUGAGCCUUUAAAGAGAGAUGGGUUAAUUGAAUUUGAAGGUGGUGGUGAUGGGCAAGUCUUAGAUCUGGAUACGGCGGUGAAAGACGGAGUUCUCGGCGGCGUUAAUGGCGGUGGUGGAGUUCUUGAUGAGAAAUUGGAUUUGAACAAGAUGAUAAAAGAGCUUGAUUUACCCGAAAUACCUUCGGUUUUCAUUUGCCCUAUCUCUUUAGAGCCGAUGCAAGAUCCUGUGACCUUGUGUACUGGUCAAACCUACGAAAGGUCCAACAUUCACAAAUGGUUUAACACAGGUCACUUGACUUGUCCAACAACAAUGCAGGAGAUUUGGGAUGAUACGGUAACUCCUAACAAAACCCUUCACCAUUUGAUCUACACUUGGUUCUCUCAGAAGUAUGUCUUGAUGAAGAAACGGUCUGAGGAUGUUCAAGGAAGAGCUAUUGAGAUUUUGGGGACAUUGAAGAAAGCUAAAGGUCAAGCUAGGGUUCAUGCGUUGAGCGAGCUUAAACGGAUAUGUGUAGCUCAUUUGAUGGCUAGGAAGACUGUUGUUGAAGAAGGUGGUGUCUCUGUGUUGUCUUCUCUUUUAGGUCCUUUCACUUCUCACGCCGUUGGAUCUGAGGUAGUUGCGAUUCUUGUGAGUCUUGAUCUUGAUUCGGAUUCGAAAUCCGGGUUGAUGCAACCUGCUAAGGUUUCUUUGAUUGUUGAUAUGUUGAAUGAUGGAUCGAACGAAACCAAGAUCAAUUGUGCUAGAUUGAUAAGGGGAUUAGUGGAAGAGAAAGGGUUUAGAGCAGAGCUUGUUUCGAGUCAUAGUUUGCUUGUUGGGUUAAUGAGAUUGGUUAAGGAUAAGAGACAUAGAAAUGGAGUUUCUCCUGCACUUGGGUUGCUCAAACCAAUAUCUGUUCAUAAACAAGUUCGGAACUUGAUGGUUAGCAUUGGAGCGGUGCCUCAAUUAGUCGAUAUUUUACCGUCUUUAGACCCUGAAUGUUUGGAGUUAGCUUUGUUUGUUCUUGAUGCUUUGUGUUCAGACAUGGAAGGAAGAGUUGCUGUCAAAGACUCUGCAAAUACCAUAGCGUAUACCGUCAGGGUAUUGAUGAGGGUGUCUGAGAAUUGCACUAACUACGCGCUGUCGAUUCUUUGGUCUGUUUGCAAAUUAGCUCCAGAGGAGUGUUCGCCUCUUGCUGUUGAGGUCGGUUUGGCCGCAAAACUCUUGCUCGUGAUCCAGAGCGGGUGUGAUCAGGCGUUGAAGCAAUGUUCGGCAGAGCUACUCAAGCUCUGUAGUCUACAUUAUUCAGACACCAUGUUUAUUUCCAAAUGCAAACUCACGAGGACAAUCCAAUAG